AUGAAGUCAUCUAUAAUUUUUGUCACACUCCUGUUUAUUUAUAUCUCUCUCUUUGAAUAUGCUGUUGCGAGAUGUUUUAAAAGAAGGAGGUUUGUUGCAAGUAAUCUGAAUUUAAAUGAUACAAUGGUACCAAUUACUAGUAGGUUAAUUAUGGCAACUGAAAAGGAGAGAAGUAUUGCUAGAAGAUAUGCAAAAUUCAUGAUAUUAGUUCACCUUGAGAGAUUAUUUUUGAAUAGUGGUUCUACGGAGAGUAGAAAGAAGAUGAAGAAACUUGAGAAGGAACUUAGAAUGUCUCAUAGGGAAUGCAAGAAACAAAAUAUUCUUCCUUUCUGUCAAGAUGUCGUUAUAGCAGUUUUAAAACCUGACAAUAAUCCUAGUGAAACUGCAGAUAUUGUUGUAACUAAUACUAUCGAAACUAUAGUUGAAGAGAGGGUUCAGGUACCAUCUAUAAAAGUGGUUGAUAAAGAACUUAUAUCUAAUACAGAGGAAGAGGUCAUUACUGAAGAAAUGAAUAUUGAGUCACCAAACAAUGAGAAGAUUUAUAUUCAGCCUUCACCAAUUAUACUAGCUGAAUCCUCCUUAACAUCUAAAAAAUUAAAUAGUGAAUCAAUUAGGAUUAGUGAGGUUAAUUUAGUUAAUCAAGAUCAACCACAAACUAUCUCACCACCUUUUGAAGGGAAAGAAGAAAGUGAAUAUACUGUACACUUUCUCAAUAGUAAUGAAGAAUAUAUCACCACAAAGGAUGGUAUUGUACUUAAUAGAAAUACAGUGGAACAAGUAAGAGAUAUCUUGAAUUUACUUAUUAAGGACAAGCUAUUAGAAAGUGGGUUUGUUGAUUUACAAGUUCCUAGGGAUGUAUUUGAAGAUGUUAAGAGCAAGGUUCUUAGGAAUUUCGAAGCAAAUUUGAUAGAAAAGGCAGAUAUCGAGUCCCAUCCAUCAGUACAGGGGAAAGUAAAAUCUAUUGCUUUGAUGUACUUUAGACAAGCCUGUGAAAUGAUUUAA